AGUGGGCGGUUGCUAUGGGGGGAGGGUGUGGCCCUGUUGCUCAGGGAGCGAAGGCGGCUCCUCCCCGCGGGUCCGCGACGCUUACUCUAGUCCGGGGCUCGGCAGGGCCUCGCUCGGGCUCUGCAGUGUGUAGGCCGCGGGUGGGGGGAGAGAGAAGGUGGAGGAGCGUCGGAGAUGGCUUGCAGUUUCCAGAAGCUGUUUUCUGUGGGAGAAGAGUUUGAUGAUGAGGAUUUCCUAUCAGUCCCAUUGGAUGUUGAAGAUGCAAUGACUGGCUCAUCUGCAAUAAACCCGUGUGUUGGAUUAAGGCCGGUCACUUUAUUGCUGAGGACACCUGCUCGUUCACACAGCACUGCCAACCAGAGAGAUUGUCGACCAGAAUAUGAGGGUACCUCAAAGGCGAGUGCUGGCAGCCAGGAAAUUCCCAAAACUCCACUAGUUCCAUCAGCAGAUGUCACUUUGAAAUCACAAACUCCUUUAUGCUACCUGAACAACAAGCAGAUGAAAGACUCUAUCCCUAGGGCUGAAUACAAUGAUAAAGCUCAGGAACAGAACCCUAUUAAGAACGAUGUUUGCGUUGCCUCAAACAAGGAAAUUGACGCCGAUUUAUUUUGGUCAGGAUGGGAAGGCUUGAAUGAGUCUGGGAUUGAACGGAAUCCAGAAUGGAAUCCACCUAUCAGUGAGAAGACUUCUUCAAAACUUAGAUACGCUUCUGAAAUCUUUCCGAAGGACGGCAAUGUGAAGCUGGCAGGAAAAGUGCCUCGAUUAUCGGAGCGAUAUGAGGAGCCAAAUUGUAAUGAAAUUGUAAAUUCUAAAUUUCAAUGGAGGGCUACAGGGGCUAAUUCUGAGAGUAGGUCCAAGGCUUUCAUGCAUCCAUUAACUACGUUCAAUCAAAGUCCAGCUAAUUUGCACAAUGUCAAAUUCAGCGCCGUGAGAAUAGGUAAUACUGAGAAUUCCUAUGGGCAGAAUAGCUCUUCUGUCUCACUUGCCAAUACUUGGUACAGGACUGAAGAAUCCAAUUCGGUUCCAUUUUCUGCCAUUCGAUCCCAAACACUAAAACAAUUAUCAGUACCGUUAAUUCAAAUGCCUUUUGGAAAAAACGUGCAAAGUAGCUCAAAUAUUCCAUGCAGACUUGCGAUUUCAAGUCCGAGCUUUCAGCCUGGACAACCCCAGAAACUAAGUUCUAUUAGUCCGGGAAGCUGUCCAAAUGCAACAUCAAAGCUACAGACACCUCUUCAGAACUCCUUUAGCCCAAAAGUCUUAAAUGGAGGUCUUAGAAAACCUGCCAUGUCCACUGGAUCGUUGAGGUGCUCCGUAGAAAUCCCUUCGGUUACAGUGGGAACUCCGUAUUUACCAGCUUGCCCUUCAACAUCUCUGGGAACUCCUGUUGUUACCAAUCACUUGAUUCAGUUGGUAUCAGCUGCUAAUCGGACACCACAAGUUGUGAAUUUGAACAGACCCCAGUCAAAAAGCAGGCGAUUUCCUGGACCUGCUGGGAUUCUCCCACAACAGCACAUUGGGAAAAACCUGGAGGAAAUCUUGAUCUCAGCAUCACAUAUGCCAGCUCAUGGUGCAGUGGCCAAACUACAGCCUCAGGAGAUUCCAAGUUCUCAGCAAUUUCUUGAAGAUGACUUUGGGAGAGGUCCCUGGGCUACAAUGAAAGCUGAGCUGAUGUUGGACGAGCAAGAUCCUGACUGCUUCCUUCGAAGUUAUAGCAUAAUCAUGGUGCUACGAAAGGCAGCGUUAAAGCAGCUUCCGAAAGGCAAGGUUCCCUACAUGGCUGUUCUUGUGAAAUCAUUGACUCGCACAAAUACGGAUGGCAGUGCAGUUUUCAAGGAUCCAUCAGGUGAGAUGCAGGGAACUGUACACCGCCAGCUUCUGAUAGAGAAACCAAAUGAGCUAAAGCCUGGAACUGUCCUUCUCCUGAAACAGAUUGGUGUCUUUUCUCCAUCACAUCGAAAUCACUACUUAAAUGUGACUCCAAACAAUGUGUUGCGAAUAUAUCCCCAAGGAGGGGGUAGCUGUGGUGGUAGCCUCCCAUCUGAGAGUCUCCAGGCCAUCAAUGGAUUUUCACAACAAUCUGCCUCUAAUUCACUGGCCGGCUCUCUCCAUGAAACCAGAGUUGGUAAUUUGUCCACGGUCUCCAGUAAAACGUCCUGCCCAGAACCUGCAGCUUUCACUUCUUCAAGUUCAAAAAAGGAAACAGUGAAAGUGCUCAUAUCUAAAGACAGCACAUUGCAAUGUGAUGACGGCUGGGAAUCAGAUGACCUUGAUUUCCUGUUAGCUGAGCUACCUGACGAAUCCUUCUCUGCCUCUUAGCCACUCACUCCAUACACCUGAGAAGCCAGGAAUGGAAACCUGCAAAGAUUUCUUCUGUUCUAUAUUUUUGUAUAUACUGAGAGCCAGGCGAUAAAAUAUGAAUGGAAAGCUAGCUACCCAAGAACAUUUCAAUUAGGACUUAUUCUUCCAGCAAAUUGAGGUCUGAUUUGCCGUCAUUUGCAUUAUUUCUUAACCCUAUUCCUUAAGAAGGAAUCCUGUUAUUAUUCCUGUCUCUGUUAACUGUGCUUCAGAAGUAGAUAUUAUCAGAGUUUCAUGAUUUACUUCUGGUUGAUAGAAGGGGGCCUCGUACGUGGGACUCUGGUUCCUCAUUAAGGGAAUCCUCUUUAAGAAAUACUGCAAACUUAGACCCCCCAUUGGGACAUGAAUUGUGAUGGCUUAAAAUAACAGAGGUCAUUGUUUAAUAGGCAGCAUCACUCAGUCAUUCCUCUUUUCUUUACUCUAAAACUUUCACAAGAUGCAUUUGAAAUAAUGAGCCAAAAAAAGGAGUUUAUUUUGAUUUAGCUUAUAAUUGUUCAACUCAGCCUGAAGCUUCUAUAUUUUCGUCAAAUCUGCUGGUUAUUGAGUAUGAGAAAAGAAUGUUGAUUGUGGUCAUUUAUGUUCAGCAAAUAUUAAAAUAUGCAAUUUGUUCUUCAGUG